AUGUUUUAAACAGAAUCAUUGGUAAGGAAAUUUAUAGAAAAACUAAAACGGUAAGCUUACAUUUUACCUAAAGUAAUUUCAAAUCAGAUGCAGAAUUUCUUAAAAGAGAAAUACAUUGAUGAUGUUAUAAUUUUAGAUAAACUAAGGAAAUAAAAUCAAUAACCUAAAAAGGAGUUAUUUCCAAUUUUGAAUCCAACUGCCAUCUUUAUAUUUUCCUGGAACAUAUUGAGGGCUCUUCAAUUGAUGUUUUUGACAUGGUGGUUACCAUUUAAAGUAGCAUUCCAACCGAAUUAUUAGUUUGAAAGCAUAGAACUAUCCUUAAUCUAUAUAUUUAUUUUUGAUAUCGUUUUAAAAUUGAACUAAGGUUUUAUAAAGGAAGGAGAUUAUAUCAUGGAUAGAACACAAAUAUUAAAACAUUAUGUUUCAACAGAACUCACAGAAGAUACUAUCUAUUUUCUUACCUAACUAAUUGUCAUCGAUAAAAUUGAUAUCAAAACACAUAUACUUUUUGAAAUAUUAGUUUUGAUUUAGUUUGCUAUUAAUUAUAAAAAACUUAAGAAGAAAAUUAAAAAAUUUGAAGAAAUAUUUGCAACCAAAGCAGGGUACAUCUAAUUAACUAAUUUAUUACAACUAAUUAUUACAGUAUUCUAUUUUGCUCAUCUUAUGGCUUGUAUUUGGUAUUAUAUAGGGGUUAUAAGUUUGAAUGUUUACGAAGUAUCUUGGACUACCAAAUUCUAACCUCACUCUUCAGAUCCCCUCUAUUAUUAUUUAUAUUCAUUCUAUUGGGCAACAACAACAAUGGUAACAGUCGGUUACGGAGAUAUAUCGGCUUAAAAUAGUUACGAAGUUUUGUGUGCUACAGUGUUAAUGAUAUUCUCAACAGGGAUGUUUGCAUAUGCUAUCAAUCAAAUAGGAGAUAUAUUUACACAUAUUGAUACAGAACAAUAAACAUAUAAACGUACUCUAUUAUUAAUUAAUAAUUACAUGAAAAAAAAUCAAGUAGAUUAGUAAGUUCAAAGUAGAAUCAGAAAUUACAUCAAAUAUCAAGCUAAGAUAAAACAAUAAAGUUAAAAUGAUGAAAUCGAUCAAAUUUUGAAAUAACUUCCCUCUUAUAUAUUUGCUGAUCUCUAAAAAAAUAUAUAAAACAAGAUUAUGUCUGAAAUAUCCUUUUAUAAAUCUAACUUUUCUAAAAGUGUUAUUCCCAUUAUAUCUUAAACAUUACAAAUAUAAUCUUACACCCCUAAAGAAAUCAUCUUUUAAUAAGGUUAAUUAGAUGAUUGCAGCUUAUAUACUGUUUGGAAAGGGGAAGUCUUGAUAGUUGAAAAUUAAACUGGCAAGCUUUUGGCAACUCUGGGUAAAGGAUAAAGUUUUGGUGAGGUAGAAUUUUUAACUUCUCAGCAUAGAUAAUUUACUGCCAUAAGCAAAGAUUUAAGUUAAGUGUUAAGGAUGCCAAGAGAUACCUUUUUGAAAAUUAUCAAAUUUUCUACCAUUGAUGUUGAACAUUUUCACAAACUCAAAGAUUAGUUAAUGUUCUAUCAUAUAAAUUAAAUUUCAUCAUGCUAUUGUUGUUCAGAAAAUCAUAGCAUUACCGAUUGUCCUUAUUCUUUCUAUAAACCCAAUCGAGAUAUAAUAAGAUAAAGAGAUAAUGCUUAAGAAAGUGUAUCAAUAAGAACAAUGUUUGAAAGAGUUGAAUAAAAGAAGGGAUAAUUUUAACUUCAAACUUUGAAAUCAUAUUCUGAUGAUAAAGAAGAGUUAGGAUCUAGAUUGCAAUCAAUAAAAAAUGAGACUGCUCCUGCAAUAAGUCCUCAAAGAUCAAGGAAAAAAACAUUAACUCCAUUUAAUUUUAAAAAUUUUGGAUAACAUUAUACAGAUGAGAAACUAUUAGAAAGCCCCAAUUUUACAUAAAGUUAGUUAGAAAUUUAAAAUGAAUAAAAUUCUAACAAAAUAAGUGUUCAUCAAAUAUUGGAACUUCCAUCAAUAAAAAAUAGGCAAUCGAACUCAAAUAAUCAUAUUAUUAUAUCAUCGCUUAGUUAACUCGAAAUAAUAGAAUAGGAGUUCCGAAAGGUUUUUAUGUUGGACAUUGAUAAGAUUGGUGUAUUUAAAGGAUAUUUUCCUCAAAAUAACAUAGAAGUGGUUUUGCUAUCGUUUAGAAAACUGAUGAGGAGUAAGAAAAUAGUUAUCACUGAAACUCUUUUAGAAUUGACAAGAAGGAAAAUAUAAACAGAAAAUAACUAAUUUUUAUGA